AUGCCCAGAAACGCCCACGUCACGUACCGCGUCGGCGUCUGGCCCUUCAACCAAACCCAAGGCGGCCCAGACCGUGACUGUGCCCUCACCUGGUGGAACACAACCGGCUACGCCAUGUUUCAAAACCCAGGACAGCGGUACUCGCAAGCAGCCAUCGACCAGAACCGUCUGGGCAGCUGCGCCGCGACGUUGAUCCACGGUGCCGGUGACCUGUACAACAACACGAGCCCGUGGAUCGACUUCUGGGACGACAUGGCUCGCAUGCCGUACCAACGCACCGAAGAUGUCGCUCUGGAGCUCUUCGACCGCCACGGUGACCUCAAGGACGAGUUUUGCAUGGGCGCCACGACAGUCUGGCGGGAUAAGUUUGGAGAUCGGUUUAUCCUCGUCAUCGACCACCUACGGAUUCUGGACCACCUGCCUCGCGUCCCCCAGCGCACGGCAGAUCUGAAGGAGAGCUUGAUGAGGGAGUUGCUCGCCAAGGCGCAGGCGCAGGUCGAUGAAAUCGAUGGGCCCAAGGAGUUCUUUGCCAUUGCCAGCGGGGCUAUGUUGAAGCGGGAGUUGAGUAUACACGGGCGAGAUCUGCCUGAGGACGAGCAGAGAAUGCCGUUGUGGAAUAUGUGGACACAGCACAAUUUUCGGUUUUUGAGGAAGAUGGGGUUUCGCAGGCUGGGCAGCAGUCAUUAUUUGGCUUGGUCGUCGGACGAGAAUCAUCCGUCGAGGCAGAUCACGCUUGAGGAUGAGGCGGCUCUGGAUCAGAUUAUCCUACAGGGCGCCCCUGUGAACGGCGGAUUGGGGGAUGAUCUGGAUGAAAAUCCACUUGAUCUCAGUAAUUCGCCAGAGGCAAACGGUACUCACGACAUCGAUGGUUCUCAGGAUGCCAUUAGUCCUCAAGAGUCCACUGCUUCUCAAGAUGCCGCUAGCUCUCCGGACACUGAAGUCUCUCCGGAAACCACUGCUUCUCAAAACGCAUUGUGA